CGACCCGCGGUCGGCGCCACGACGCGACGAUUGCCAUCCAUUCGCUCGUCCGCCGGCACGCACGCCUGGCGUUCGCCUGCACUGCUCACGCCGUCGCGCGUUUGACAUAACUUUACCAUCAAUGGUGUUUGUGAAUAUCAUUACAGAACCUCGACAAAAUUACUCCUGCGCCGGGAACUACUACAUUCACCAUGGACAAGGAUCACGCUUUAGAAGAAAUGAUGGGAAAGCUCGGUGACUUCGGGCGGUACCAAUGUUUCCAGUUCAUCCUCCACAUUUUGGCGGCCAUGACGGCUGGUAUGCACAUGCUGUCUCUAGUCACAGUGGCUGCGGUACCGGAACAUAGAUGUUACCUGCAAGGGAUUGACAGUGCAAACUAUACGGAGCCAUUUAAUUCGUCUCUGGUUCAGGCCGCCAUUCCACUCAACGAGCAUGGGAAACUCGACUCCUGUCGGAUGUAUGGAGAUAAUAACACUAUCGUAGAAUGUGAUUCUUGGGUCUACGAUACCCGGUAUUACACGUCGUCUCGGGGCAUCGAAUGGGACUUCGUGUGCAGCCGUCGGUGGAUGGGAGCCUCAGCACAGACUGCCUACAUGUUCGGCGUGGUGGCUGGCUCGCUUAUAUUUGGGCGACUUUCCGACAAAUUCGGAAGAAAAAAAGCAUUCCUCUGGUCUGGAAUCCUUCAACUUCUUCUAGGAACUUCCGUUGCUUUCGCCGCAGAUUAUUAUACUUUCAUAAUUAUUCGAUUCCUUUAUGGUAUCUUUGGAUCAGGAUCGUACAUAGCUGGGUUUGUUUUGACAAUGGAAAUAGUAGGCCCAAGUAAGCGUACUAUAUGUGGUGUCACGUUUCAAAUCAUGUUCGCCAUUGGAAUAAUGCUUUUGGCCGCAUGGGGAUACUUAUUAGAUAACAGAUUCUAUUUGCAAAUAGUGUAUGCGUUACACGCAGCGGUAUUGCUCCCUCACUGGCUUAUUAUGGACGAAUCCCCAAGGUGGCUCUGGGCUCAGGGGCGUGCUCGUGAAUCUGUUGCCAUCAUUGAGAAGGCUCUGAAAUUUAAUGGAGUCACUGACCCCGUCGAUACUCCAGCUCUAGUCUCCCACUGUAAGGCGACUUGUGCCAAAUAUACUGAUGAACAUUCUGCAGGAACUACUGACCUGUUCAAAACACCAAGAAUGAUGCAAAAGACUCUGAUCAUUUGCGGUUGUUGGUUCGUAAAUUCUGUUGUUUACUACGGCCUCUCACUUAAUACUGGCAAACUGAACGGAAACCCUUACUUCCUCAUGUUCUUAAUGGGUGUCGUAGAGUUACCCAGCUAUAUUCUUAUUGUAUACUUUUUGGACCGCGUUGGACACAGAGCGCUUAUCAGCACCAUGAUGUUGUUAGGAGGAGUCGCUUGUCUAGUCAUUGUUGCUUUACCCCAUGGUUCUACUGCAACAACAGGCAUCGUAAUGGUAGGUAAAUUGUUUAUAUCUGGCUCGUACUCAAUCAUAUACAAGUAUUCUGCAGAACUCUUCCCGACGGUUGUGCGCAGCUCAGGAGUAGGGCUGGGCAGUAUGUGCGCAAGUGUAUCGGGCGCUCUUACGCCACUUAUUAAUUUGCUGGACACACUUAACCCUAAAAUACCUACCAUAUUAUUUGGAUUUUUGGCUUUACUAUCUGGGUUCUCCACAUACUUCCUUCCCGAAACAAUUGGUAGGAACUUGCCACAAUCAUUAGAAGACGGAGAGAAGUUCGGCGUUGGUGACACUUGCUUCACAAACUGCAGUGGUCGACGAAUGAGUACUGACACCGUGGACUUGCCAGAAACCAUGGUGCCGUUAGAAGUUAUGGAGAAGAAACCGUAAAGACUGUACUGCAUAGUGAGGUCUGUAGGUAAAGCUAUUGUAUAGCUAAAGUCCAGAAACUGAGUCUUAAGAAUAAGCAAUAAAUUAAAUACGGCCAUUGUAAUAACUUAAGACUAUGUCUCAUUUCACACAAUACGUAAAGUUUGCAUUUUAUGAAUUUUGCUCAAUAUUUUUGUACACAACUACACAUUAAUUUAUACUGUGAAGUUGCCUGGUGUUAUAUAACUGUUACUGUUUUGCGAUGAAAUUUAUAAUUAAGUGGUUAUGUACGUAAUUAGAAGACGAUAGGAUAACUGUUAUGUUUUAAAUUGUCUAGUCAAGUGUUGAUAUGGCAAGCCGCGUUCGAGUGAACGGUAUUGCUGAAGACUGGAUGAUUAUCCUAAUAACAAAUAGGAAUAAUAACAAUGUGGACUUAUAUUACAGGUAUAUACAUAUGUAUAAUAUUUUUCUUAUACGUAAACAAUGAAAAGUACAAUUAAAUGUACACAAUAUAUAGCUGAUGAAAUUAAGUACAAUACUGCAAAUACAACAUAAUAAAAAAGUAUCAUUGACAUUAUAUUUUUCUAAGCUAUUAAUUAUUGAUAAAUUAUAUUAAGAUUUUCAUUAAUAAUUUGGUCAAAUAGUUAUAAAAAAUGGCGUAUCUAGUAUUGUACUUACAUUCUUUGAUUAGUGAUCAUACGAAGUAACAAAGAUUUCAUACCUGGCAGUAAAUUAACAAGUAGAACGUAAGGUAUUUUUAGUAAUAAUUAAUCGGUAGUUAAUAUUAAGAUUCUCCUUGAAAUUUAGGUUUCUAAUAACUAGUAGUGUCUUGGAAAAUAGAGGUUAAAUACGCACAAGUUAUGACUAUUUUACUAUACACUCAAAACAGAUUGAAAUGUAUUUUUUUGUUGAUUAAGAUUGAAUAAGUAAAUUAGAUGUGUUUGCUACGUUUUCAUUCUUUAGACAGUUGGCUAAACAUAUAAUACGUAGAACUUAUACUUUUUUUAAGAUUUUUUACUAAUCUGGUCUUUUAUUUACUUAUUCGCCUAGUCAUUUUGGCUAAUCUAUUUUUUAAUUAUUUUCUAUUUGGAAUUUGACCAGUGAAUAGGUAAGGCACAAGGACGUAGUUGGAGUAGAAAAUAGAAUGGAGUAGAUAAAAGCAUAGGAUUUAUUCUCGUAAAGCCUUUAAUGACUACGCCAUGUGUAGCAACACAUCACGUAGUCGUUGUGCGACAAGUCGCGUAGUUGUUACGCUACAUACUGCGUAGUAUCUAUGCUAAACGCGGCGUAGGCGUACUACUACAUUCCACGUAGUCACGCUACGACAAAUGCGACGUAGGCGUUUUGCUACACGUUGCGUAGACGCGAAGCUAAAUUAUAUAGAAUUAUGUAACACGUUUACGUUUAUACAUUAACAUUAUAAAGAUCUCCCGUUUUAUACUAUAAGCGGGUAAAACAAAACAAUACAUAAAUAUACAAUUAAUAAGAAAGAAAUUCUGAACAAAAAAGGAUUUAUUUCCGCUAAUUUCCCAAAGCGUUGUGCCUAGCUACGCCUACGUGACGCCUACGCUGGAACAAUGCUACAUUUAGAGGCGCCCUUGUGUCGCGGGGUAAUAAUGAAUGAAUGAACUUGUGAGCCUAUUGCUAUAAAGAUUCAUUCUCUUCCUUCACAUUUACAUAAUAUUAAAAGGCUCUAUUAAAUCGAAACACAACCCAAGCAUAGAUAUUAAAUUAACAGUAAGAAGUUAUUUACACA